AAAUCAUUAAUCAUUUCUCACCUGUCAUCUGUUCUGUCAUCUGGUCCAAAUCACUAAAAACUAAAGGAAGAACUUGAAAGGAGAUAAUGGCCCGUACAAAGCAAACUGCUCGUAAAUCCACUGGUGGAAAGGCUCCAAGGAAACAGCUAGCCACCAAAGCUGCUCGUAAGAGUGCCCCAGCUACUGGAGGAGUCAAGAAGCCUCAUCGUUACCGUCCUGGUACCGUAGCUCUCCGUGAGAUCCGUCGCUACCAGAAGUCAACUGAGCUCCUCAUCAGGAAGCUUCCCUUCCAGAGGCUGGUCCGUGAGAUUGCUCAGGACUUUAAGACUGACCUCAGGUUCCAGAGCUCUGCUGUUGCUGCUCUUCAGGAGGCCAGUGAGGCUUACCUUGUCGGUCUCUUUGAGGACACCAACUUGUGUGCUAUCCAUGCCAAGAGAGUGACCAUCAUGCCCAAGGACAUUCAGCUAGCUCGCCGCAUCCGUGGAGAGAGAGCUUAGAAUAUUAACUGAUCAUUAUUUGUGUAGACAGUGUCGUGUAUGUUUUUUAUUUAAUCAUGAACAAAUUUACAUUAUAAAAAGUCAUUGUUUUUCAUGAAAA